GACACUGGCGCCGCCUCCUGCUCCGGAGGCUCCUGCGACGCCGACGCCGGCGCCGUCGCCGCCGCCGCCUCCUCCGGUUCCCUCUCGUGCCGAGCCGGAGGUAUACCACCCGCCAGCGGCCAGUCAUCCAUCGGGAUCCUCGGCAUAUCCAUCCCAUGGUGACUCGGCGGAUGGCCUCUCAGGCCGCGACUCUCUCCGCGGCAGAGGGAGAGCCGCGGGUCUCUCCGGUACCCUCCUCUAUCCGCGACACCUUGGCGGAUCCUCACUGGCGUCGCGCGAUGGAAGAGGAGUACGCGGCUCUUCUUGCCAACCAGACGUGGGACCUUGUGCCGCGUCCGUCUGGUUGCAAUGUGGUGACUGGCAAGUGGAUCUGGACGCAUAAGCGUCGGGCUGAUGGCACACUGGAGCGCUACAAGGCUCGCUGGGUUCUCCAGGGGUUCACCCAGCGGCCUGGUGUGGACUAUGAUGAGACUUUCAGCCUAGUCGUGAAGCCUGCUACGGUGCGCACUGUCCUGUCGCUUGCGCUCUCGCGCUCUUAGCCUGUGCACCAACUGGACGUGAAGAAUGCGUUUCUUCACGACACUCUGUUAGAGACUGUCUACUGCUCUCAGCCAGCGGGAUUUGUGGAUUCGAGUCGUCCGGAUAUGGUCUGCCGGCUCAACAAAUCUCUCUAUGGGCUGAAGCAGGCUCCUCGGGCUUGGUACUCUCGGUUCACCACGUUCUUGCUGACAUUGGGAUUCACCGAGGCCAAGUCUUACACGUCUCUCUUCGUCUACCGCCGAGGGGAUGAGACCUCCUAUCUGCUGCUCUACGUUGAUGACAUUGUGCUCACAGCCUCUAGUCAGCAGUUGCUUCAGAGUGUCAUCUCCUCUCUGCAGCAGGAGUUUGCUAUGAAGGAUCUCGGUCAGCUCCACCACUUCUUGGGCAUCACUGUUGAGCCUCGCCCGUCUGGUCUUCUCAUGCACCAGCGGCAGUACGCACUCGAUAUCCUGGAGCGGGCUGGGAUGACUGAUUGCAAGCCUUGCUCCACUCCUGUCGACACUCAGGCGAAGCUGUCAGCCGAUCUAGGUGAUCCGGUGGCUGAUCCUACUGCCUAUCGGAGCCUGGCUGGUGCUUUGCAGUACCUCACCUUCACCUGGCCGGAUCUCACCUACGCUGUCCAGCAGGUCUGUCUCCGUAUGCAUGAUCCCCGGGAGUCACACCUUGCUGCGCUGAAGCGUCUCCUCCGCUACGUCCGUGGCACUGUGGACCUCGGCCUGGUACUUCACCGCUCGUCUUCUGCUGAGCUGGUGGUCUACACCGACGCUGACUGGGCUGGCUGCCCGGACACUCGUCGCUCCACUUCCGGCUACGCCGUCUUCCUGGGUGGCAACCUGGUCUCCUGGUCGUCCAAGCGGCAACCGGUUGUCUCUCGCUCCAGUGCCGAGGCGGAGUACCGGGCUGUCGCUAACGGCGGAGCGGAGGCGUCCUGGCUCCGACAGCUCUUGGCGGAGCUCCACAGCCUGCUCGCCAAGAGCACGCUCGUCUACGGCGACAACGUCAGCGCCGUGUAUCUCUCCACCAACCCCGUCCAGCAUCAGCGGACAAAGCACGUGGAGAUCGACCUACACUUCGUGCGCGACAGAGUCGCAAUCGGCGAUGUUCGGGUCCUCCAUGUCCCGACUACCUCCCAGUUUGCUGACAUCUUCACCAAGGGGCUGCCCUCCUCGACCUUCUCGGAGUUUCGAUCCAGCCUCAACGUAGCCGGUGGCUAGUUGUGGCUGCGGGGGGGUAUUUGCCCUCUGUACUCUCUUCUUAUCCAGUCUUGAACACCGCUGCGCCGGUUGUUCAGACUGCGGGGGGGUGUUGGAGUGUAUUGGGCCCAUGGGCAUUGUGGCCCAUAGAGGCCCAUGUAUGUUACCUCUUCUAUACCCUUUCUAGGGUUUUGAAUACAGAUACUCUUCUCUUCUACAAGAGGAUCUUUUUCCAAUUUGUUGGAGGGUUACUCAGAAAAUUACAAAUUAUCGCUCAUUGCAGAAGUUCUGUGUCCUGCCUACAUUGUUCUACCAGUUUCCACGAUAGAAUG